GGCAAAUAAUAAUGCAUGUGCUGGCACUGGGCAGUUGGCAAGAUCAUUCCACUCCGCGUUCAGGUGCGUUUGAGGAUUUGUGAGGACCUACAUUCCGUUUGCCCUAUUCACCGCUUUCGAUUUCUGGCUGAAUCGCACAAUUGAUUCACUGUUCUCGCGUCUGCCUGAACAGUUUUUGUCACUUUCGACAGGUAUAAGAGUCUGGCUUGCAGUCCCAUCCCUAUGGAAAUUCUACGCCUUCCAUCUCAUUCAAAUAUAAAUCGAGCCUCACUGCCUAAAGGGUGACAAACCCCGUCGCAUUGCUGAUCUUAACGCCAGAGGCAGCAACGCCGAACAACUCGUGCAUUACUAGACCAUCAGUAUCUUACCACUAGACAAAAUAAGAACUACAGUCACCAUGCACGAAGACCUGAGAAGAAGAGCCCUUGAAAGUGGCAAGACCGUCUCCAAGAAAGUCUUGUCGAAGCAAUCCUCACAAGGAAGUUCUCGAGCCAACUCGGCCGCAAACUCUCGGGCAGCAUCUCGCGCCCAAAGUAGAGAAGUCUCGGACGACGAAGAUCCCGGGAAUGGCAACCUAAGUGAUGACACUACCCAAAGUAUCAACUCGAUAGACGCACUCCUCGAGAGCGAUGAUUUCAACGAGCAAACGACCGAUGCCACCCGAGAACAACUAAACAGCACGAUAGAUGAUCUGUUGGAACGGAAGGGUAGCAGCAGCAAGAGCCGAGAGGAAUCUUUGACUUCAUAUGUUCGGUGUUUGACAUCCCAUUACCUCGCCGAGGUCCUGCACGGCCGAGUUUCGGAUAUUCUGGAUGCGCUUGGGCGCAGCGUCAGAGCGGAAACGAGCGAAAGAGAAACGACACUGGCUUUACGGGCGAUAGCAGUCACCGCCAUCACAUUCGCGGAUGAUCGGAUCUACGAGACUGUUCAAUCGCUGCUGAAGCGAACAGCGACUGACUCCCGAUCAUUGACCGUCAAAACUGCGGCCAUCUACGCGUGGGGAAUAUGCCUGUCAUUCGGAGGGGCCGGAGAAGACGAGAUUGCCCAUGCCAUGACCAUUUUCCUCGAGAUCGCGUCAAGUGAUGGAGCAUUUGUGGGAGCGGAUGACAGUGCGGAAGUUGUGUCUGCAGCGCUGAAUACGUACGGCUUUCUGGCGACUGAGGUGGAAGACCUCGAGCAUGAUUCCGAAGACGCUGUUGCUACCUUUCUCGAUCAACUGGAUGCGGACGACGUACGAGUACAAGUCGCAGCUGGAGAAAACAUUGCACUGCUUUACGAAAAGAGUUACACCCCACGAGAAGAGGGCGAAUCAGGUUCAUCAUCGUCGCCGUCGUCAGACGAAGAAGAAGAGGGCGAGACGGCUGGCCGAGAGACUCGAGAACCCGAUACCUCAGGCUUGAUCAAGAGAUACAAUGCGUACCACAACAGUAGGGAGGUGUUGGAGAAGGUCAAAGGAUUGGCGGGGUUGAGCACAAAAUCAAUGAAUCGACGAGACAAGAAACUGCUUCACCAGACUUUUGCCAGUGUGGUGAUGACGGUGGAACAACCGCAGCGAGGAUUGCAGUCGAACAGCACGACCAAGAAGGUUGUCCGGAUCCAUCGCGAAGGAGAGAUGCGGGUGGACAAGUGGUGGAAACUGAUCCGACUCAAUACGAUCCGACGACUAUUGGGAGGAGGUUUUGUGAACCACUACUUCGAGGGGAACAAACAAGUGCUUAAUGCAUUACCCAUGAUCAUGAGAGGAACAGACGAAGGCGGCCUGCAAAGUCCACGGAAGGCGCUGCACAAAGCCAGUAAGGGCAGAUAUCGCGACACUCGGCGAUUCAUCUCGGCAGACGCACCAGAAGAAUAGAGGGAGCCUCGGUUUCCGGCGAUGUGAGCAAUUUUUUGGACAGCAAAAGAACUUUGAAGGGGAGUCAAAUAGCAUAUAGCGAUAUAUGACUACAAAUGGGAUAAUAUCUUAUCGUUGUUGUGG